UUUCUUUUACAUUUAGGCAUCAGGGAAUAGGCAGCAGUAGCGUGAGCGCUGACGCCACGGCCUUGUGGAAGUUACUGAAGCCCCGUCACGCCGCUUUUUGGUGUCGCCUCGUGCACAUGGUUGAAUUAUUGUAACUCGUUCCAACAAUAGUAAUACGAGCACCUGACUCUGUCCGUUUCGCCUUGUUUCACUUGACAUUUCGCGUACCAGAGCACUCUUUCCUAGACUCUGGCCCGCAUUAUCAUCCUUGUAACUAGGUGGAUUGCAUAGAGGGCUUGAGCCAUUAGCGCAGCGUUGUCGGUCUGCAGGCACCAUCCCGCAUCUGCAAGUAUGGCAGAACCGCUGCGCCCUGUGGCAAUGGGCGAUAUGUUGACACUGCGCCACAAGAUGCGCACGCGGUUGCAACGGCGCCACCAGUCGCCCGUGUUUGCGGGAGCUGUGCCUCGCGUCCAGGAUGCCACUACGACGUGGAGGCCUCUCCAACACGCCUCCGCACCAGCAGCCUCGCCGGCUGCUCAGCAGCUCCGGGCCGGGGCUGCUGCCGCCGUCGCCGCGUCCAGCGCCAAAUUGCUUAGCGGCCUCAGCGCCUGCAGCACCCUCGGCCGCGCACUAGGCCGCAACAGCAGCAACAGCAGCAGCCGUGCAGCGCUGCUGGUCCCACGCGCGGGCAAUGGCGCAAACGGGGCCAGCUCCAACGGCUCCCACACCGCCGGCGCGAACGGCACCACCACUAAAGCUGGCACCGCUACCAGCAGCCGGACCGCCACUGGCGGCGCCGGCGCCUCGGCGCCAGCCUCCUCACGCGUGGCCUCGCCUGCAGCUCCUGCUGCGGCAGCGGCAGCUGCCGCCGCCGGCGGUGCUGUCGCCAAGGCAACGGCGGGCGCGACGCCGCUCAUGUCGCUGGGUCCGGAGGGGGCCAUGGACAAUUCCUCGCUAGCUUCCGUUGACUGGCCCGAGUGGAUCGCGUCAGCUACCAACAGCUCCGACAGCUCCGACACUUUGGAAUUCGACGCCGGGCCCGGAUCCAGCGAUGAAGAGGCGGAUGCCCUGGCGGCGGCGGCGGCGGCGGAAGCCGACAGCGCCAUCAACGGCACUGCCAGCGGCGCCGCUGGGGGUAGCGGCGGCAGCGGCGGCGGCGCCACCGGCGGCUCGGCGGCGCGUGGCGCAGGGUCGGGAGCGGCGGCGGCGGGUGCCGAGGCAGGGGCAGCGGCGGGCGAGGGCGCGGUGAGCGGCGGCCCGGCGGCGGUGUGCGGGCGGCAGUUGGCAGCGAGUAUCCCAACCACCACAAUCCGGAUCGCGCUGUACGCCAUCGCCACGGGUUUCGACCGACGCGCGCUGGAGGCGGCCCUGCGCGCCGAGUACGGCUCCAUGGCGGUGAAGAAGUACCCGGACGUGGUGCACUGCCUGGUGGCACGUAGCCCGCACGAGGGGCAGCCGGGCGCCGACGCGUUCUUCUUUGACAACGGCGUGGUGGCCUGCUGGGGCAUGCGGCCCGAGGCGGAGCGGGCGCUGGUGCGCGACAUCGCGGGCGCGGCGGUGGUGGGGCCGCUGCCGGAGCGGGAGUGCGAGAACGACGUGUUCAGGUGCACCUACACCACCAACCCAGUUGUGUCGGGCGGAGUGGCGCCCCCGCCGUCCCAGGCACCCAUCGCCACACUGCCCGCCGCCGCCUACCCGCAGCAGCAGCAGCAGCAGCCGGCGGCGGCGGUGCUACAGCCGGCGGCGCCGCCAUCACCACAGCAGCCGUCACAGGCACGCAGCGGUCUGUCCUCAGAUGCGGACAUGGAUCGGGAUGCCGCCGGUGCCGCAACCGCCGUUUCCGGCAGUAGCAGCAGCGGCGGCGGCACCACCAGCAGCCGCCGCUUUGCCCGCCGCGCCGCCAGCAGCACCGGCGGCGGCAGUAGCAGCACCGGCGGCGCGGGUGCUACAGCCGGCGCCGAGGCGAGCAGCAAGUUCGACCCGCCGCCGCCGCCGCCACGGCCGGCGGUGGCGGCUAUUGCGGCGGCGGUGGCGGUGACGGCGCCGCCGCCGGCUGUGGUGCCGCCGGUAACGCCUCGGGAGCCGCUGUCGGCGGUUGGGCCGUUCUCGCUUCUGUCCUUCCCGCCGCAGAUCGUGGACGACACGGUACUGCUGCACCUGCGCCUGGUGGGUGACGUGGCCAGUCAGCUGGCAGUCAGCUACGCACUGGCGCAGUCCACAAAGCUAAGCACCAUUGAAAAGGCGGUGGGUGCGCUGGUGGAGGAGACGCGCUACCUGCCCGAGGUGUUGGCGGAGCACGGCCAGGUACACCUCAGCGAGACAGACAUCGGCAAGCUCAUGGGCAAGGUGUUUGUGCUCAAGCGCUCCGUGGUCCUGUUGAGCAACGUCAACGACACGCCCGACUUCUUCUGGUACGCGCCGGACCAGCUGCAGGCUCUGUACAGCCGCAUCACCAGCUACUGCGAGCUGGACCACCGAGUGCAGCUGCUCAACAGCAGGUUCAGCGUGCUGCAGGAGAUGCUGGAGCUGCUGCGGGCGCAGGAGGAGAACCGGCACGGCACGCGGCUGGAGCUGGUGGUCAUUUGGCUCAUCGUGGUGGAGGUGGUGCUGGGCGUGUUCGAGCUGCUGGACCUGUUCGGCGUCAUCGGGCCGCCGCACUCGUUCUGAUUGUGGGGUUGGUUGUUUGGGGUUGAGGUGGUUGAGGUGGUUGAGGCAUGGGGCGUGGAGAGGUGUUGCGAGGUGAGGUGCGAGGUGAGGUGAGGUGAGUUGUUGAUUGGGGUGAGAGGUGUUGUGGCGUGGCGUAUUUAAUGGGGGCUGGGGAGGGUGGGGGUGGGAAACGGGAAGGUGUUGUGAGAAGGGGCAGGUGCUGGAAGGAGGGUGCGGGUGGGAAGGGCAGGUGCAGCCGGGGGGUGCUGCGAGGGGAAUGAGGAAAGGAAGCGGAGGAGAGCGAGAGGGCGAGAGGAUGUUCUGUUGCGGCUGAAGGCGGGGGUCUUUGCGGUCUUGCGGUUGACCGGGCCUCCGUGUGGGGCCUCCGGGGCCAGCUGGCCAUUUUUGUUUUGCAGCUGGCCACCCCGCCUCUGGAAGGCUCUGGAGCAGUGGAGUGCUCAGGUCGAUGGCAGUUGUCUGGACAAACGUGAGCUCUAAGUUAUGGAUGCGGAUUACAAGUGAGUUAUGGACUGUGUGGCACGUUUUGGACAGGGAAAGCUUAUGCGUAUCGGGAAUAACGUGAUUGCGUGUAAGCAGCAAUUGGCUUGCCGCCUUGCCGUUGACACGCGGGGACCGUGUGGGGCGACGGCGGAGUUAGCUGGUGUACUCAAAGACCGGUCGCAAUGCCUAGACAGUAUUGUGGGGCUUCUGCUGUGGCGCAGCUUGGGAGCAAUCGUAAGGCACAAGGGGUUGGGGGCAGAUUCGGGGGAGGCAGAGUGUGGAUGCCGUCGAGUGAGACAUGUGACGAUGUGCUGGGUAGAUUGCUAGGCUUGAUUUGCGCGUACUGCAGCAGCGAACGCGUGCCCUGGACAAGGGUAUAACCUGAAAGCGCGGG